AUGAGACCCUCAUCUUCUAAUUCUAGUUCUUCUGCCCCCAAAGAUGGGCCUGAAGACAUUUCCGAGGAGGAUCUGAAGCUGAUUCGUCACCUCACUUGGCUCUAUGGCGGAUAUCAAAUGCGCUCCCGGAAUACUCCCUUAAACUACGACGAAAAUAAAGUAUCCCGUCAAACUCAAAGUAACACUCCUACUACUGUUAAUAAAGUCAGUAAUAAUACUGUUAAAUCAGCAAAGAAUUCUGUUAUCACGACCAAACGCUCUAAUAAAAUUGUUGAUAAUCGUAAUUCUGGUCAAAAUGCCAAUACUGGGAAUAAUGUUAAUAAAAGCAAUGAUAAUAACAGCACUAAAAGCACUGUAGAGAAUCCGGAACAUGUGGAAGAUAUAGGAGUAAGGAUGAGGAAUCUCAGAAAUAGUUUGAGUCGCCGUUUACGUAACGGCUAUGAAAGUGAUUUGAAUGACCACAGGAGGCCUACCUGGCCUGACAACUUUGGAUUGUCAGAAAAGAUCGAGUACUUCAUCUCAAAGAAGAUUGCUGACGCCACUGAGUUUCGCCAUAAGGAGCCGAAUACUCUCUCAAUAUGUGGUCAGUUUGCACUUCAAAACCACGAAGCUAUGGUCGCCGAUACAGACCGAGUCCAUUAUUAUAGGGCCGCAAUCUUCUGGACCGGUCAUUCUAAUCCUAAUACUGUGGAUAAUAUUGUUAAUAACAAUACCGUUGAGGAUUGUAUUAACAAGGCUAAUAGUGUUGAUCUCGUGAACACUGAGGAGAGUACAACCACAAGCACUACAAGUGAUAAUGAUUCUCAAAUUGACGAUAACGAAACUGUUUUUGUAGAUAGCAGCUACGAAUCACUUGACCUAAACUCAUUCACCACAACUAACACUAUUGAUAUUAGUGACAACACUGUUGAUUCUGUUGAAAAUGUUGUAUCAAGCUUAAACUUAAUUAAUCCCAAUAAUAACAGUAGUCUGAAUAAUUAUUAUUGUAGUGGUAAGAGAAUACUUGAGAUUGGAACAGGUCCAAUGUGUGUGUUGGCAAUGAAUGCAUUAAAGGCUGGUGCGAGGGUUGUGGAUGCUUUGGAGGUUUCUGUUCACGCUUCUAGGCUCGCAGGGAAACUCAUGGCUGCUUAUGGUUUCGAUAAUGUGAUUAGAGUUUUUAAUACUCAUUCAAAGCUGUUUAUUUUUGACCAGAACGAGUACUUUGGUUGGGAUCACAGGUUUGGUGAGGACCUUGUACUACCCUCAACUCCACCUUAUGACAUGGUAAUUAGUGAGAUUUUAGGCGAUUUCGCAAGUCAGGAAGGAGUCGCUGAUGUGUUUCUAGAUUUCCAAAGGAGAAUUCUCUUUGAGAAUAAAAGGUUUGUCAACUCCGUCAAGAGUAUCCCAUGCAGGGUUUCAACCUUAUUUGUCCCAUCUUUCUUUCCUGACUCCAGUAAUAUCCUUAACAAGUCAAGUUCAGACUCUGAAAUGACAAUCUUUUCACCUAGCAAGAUGAUGCUCCAGUCGGUGGGAAUGAGAAUUGAUAAUUUGCCCAUUUGUGACCAGUGGUUACCAUUGGAGCACUUAAAUUUAGAGGAAUGGAUGCUACCUCAAAUGUGCCAACAUUACCUUAAUUUGUUCUCUGUUUCUACAUAUGGUAGUUUGGCCGGUCUUUUAGUCGGGAUUGACGUUGAAAUUAGGCCUGGAGAACACUUUGGCACCAGAUAUGGCCAGUGUGAAUCUUGGUAUACUAACUUUCUCUUAUUUGAUAAAGAAUACACUGUCUUCAAAGGCGACCUUAUUCUCGUUAACAGUAUUGCAAACUUAACUAACUACACUAAAGCCAACUGUGAUAAUGGUAAAAUCCAGGUCUCAAGACCUUCCUACAGCUUUAAAACUUACAUUUUAUCUCCGGUUAACAUUUUGUCCAAUUCUUCAAAUUCCUCCGAUAAUUCCACUGCUAUGUCCUCCUUUAAUUUAAACAGUGAAUCCAUUUAUAAUUUGGAUUCUCUUUUUACUACUACUGUUAAUACCAUGGAUAACUCUAUCACUACUGUUGCUAAUGAUAAUAAUGUGGAUAAUUCUGUUGAUGCUAAUAAACACUCAGAUAAUAAUACCACUAAUAUUGUAAACAGUGUAAAGUUGAGUUGCAUUGAAUUGAAGAAAUUAAGUUAUGAGAUAAAUGACCGUGUUAGUAUUUGUUCAAAGAGUUUGAACGAGAACCGGGAGUUUUCGAGCACAAGUUGCACUGUUCCUGAGGAUAUUCUGAAGGACCACGAGUUUGUAAAAGUGAGGGGCGAGAUUUACAGGGUCAUGGACAUACCUCCACCUAUCCACAUCAACUAUCUCGAACAAACUUCUACCAUUUACUAUGACACUCCCUGCUCUAAACGGAAGAUGCAUACCGAUCCUCCUAAACGAUACCAGAAAAUCAAACUCAAACCUAAAUUAUAGUUCUCAUUAAUAUAUUAUACUUGAUA